GUAUGCGGAAGUGGAGGAAAAAACAAGUCCCGUGACUUGUCAUUGUUAGUUUUCAUACACAAACAAUAACACUUAAAGUUAAUGGUGUGUCACUGCGAGUAUGAGACGUGACAUCUGAUGACGUAUAUGUAGGCAUCCCGUCAGCCACGCUGAUGGCCAUGUUGUCGUGUGGUUAUGUUGGCGAACGCCAGCGAGGAAGUCAAUUAGCUGGCCGCGAUGCCGCCCCGAUGCCCGCGCACCCCUCCUGGGUGAUGCUCUUUCAUUAGCGCUUGUGCUCAUAGCGCUCCCUCUGGCAUAGAUAAGUCAUUACACCAAUCGCCACGAUAAGAGUUCACCGACUUUUAUUGCUGCUGUCAAAUGAAGUAUGUUUUCUGUCUUGUUAGGUGACAUUUGAGGUAGCAAGUGGCGGUUCUCAACUAGCUGCAAGCACUAUGAUAGCCUUCAGAAGAAGACCACCUCCACCUACUCGAGAACAUGGUUUCUCUCGACUACGACGUGACCUUUUAGCCAAUCGGCAGCCGAAGUGGAGACAAUGGGCAUGGGCCGCAUCGGUGGUGCCGUUCCACUCCUGGCGCUGUCGUUGGCCUGGCUGCUGCUGCCGUCUCGCGCCGACACCAUGCCGACCUUUGUCAAGUCGCCCGACGACCAGACAGGCAUCUCAGGGGGUGUGGCCUCAUUCGUCUGCCAGGCACUGGGCGAGCCCAAGCCGCGCAUCACCUGGAUGAAGAAAGGCAAGAAAGUCAGCUCACAGCGAUUUGAGGUGAUUGAGUUUGACAACGGCUCGGGUUCGGUUUUGCGAAUCCAGCCACUUAGGACGAACCGCGACGAGGCGAUUUACGAGUGCACCGCUGCCAACAGCUUGGGGGAGAUCAACGUCAGCGCCAAACUCACCGUCCUAGAAGAGGAGCAGAUCCCUCACGGCUUCCCGAGCAUUGACAUGGGUCCUCAGCUGAAGGUGGUGGAGAGGACGCGCACAGCCACCAUGUUGUGUGCCGCCAGCGGAAACCCAGACCCUGAGAUAUUCUGGCUGAAAGACUUCCUACCCGUCGAGAUCGAAAGCAGCAACGGACGCAUCAAGCAGCUACGCUCAGGCGCUCUUCAGAUUGAGAACAGCGAGGAAGCAGACCAGGGCAAGUACGAAUGUGUGGCCGUCAACUCAGCAGGGACCAGAUACUCGGCUCCGGCGAACCUCUACGUACGAGUUCGUCGCGUGCCACCCCGUUUCUCCAUCCCGCCGUCCCAUCACGAGGUGAUGCCCGGUGGCAGCGUGAACCUGACAUGUGUGGCGGUAGGCGCGCCCAUGCCCUACGUCAAGUGGAUGAGCGGCGAGGCCGAGCUGACCCGCGAGGACGAGAUGCCCAUUGGACGCAAUGUGCUAGAGCUGGCCAACGUCCGCCAGUCUGCCAACUACACCUGCAUGGCCAUCUCUUCGCUGGGCGUGAUCCAAACCACGGCGCAGAUUACUGUCAAAGCCCUACCCAAGCCCCCUACCUCCCUCAUGGUGACCGAGACCACCGCCACUAGCGUCACUCUAACGUGGGACUCGGGCACCCUGGAGCCUGUGUCCUAUUAUGUGAUCCAGUACCGAGCUAAGGCAUCUGACAACGGCUUCCAGGAGGUGGACGGCGUGGCCACCACCCGCUACAGCAUCGGGGGUCUCAGCCCUUUCUCCCAAUACGACUUCCGAGUGAUGGCGGUCAAUAACGUGGGCCGCGGGCCACCGGGGGUCGUGGUGGACACACGCACCAGCGAGCAGGCGCCUUCCUCGCCUCCUCUCCGUGUCCAGUCCCGGAUGCUGAGUCCCACCACCGUGCUGGUCCAGUGGGAGCCCCCCGAGGAGGCUAACGGGCAAAUCCAGGGGUACCGGGUCUACUACAGCGCCAACCCCCAGGAACCCCUCGGUGCCUGGAACAAACACAACACGGACGACAGCCAGCUGACCACCGUGGGCGGACUUGCCCCAGACGUCACCUAUGGAUUCAGGGUGCUCGCCUUCACCUCGGUGGGUGAUGGACCUCCAUCUGAUGUCCUGCUCGUCAAGAUGCAGCAAGGGGUUCCUGCUCAGCCGUCGGAUUUGGAGGCCGAAGCUGAGCUGGACUCUCGCAUCAUGCUGUCUUGGCUGUGGCCCGUCCAGGACCAGGUCGUCGGGUAUGAGGUGCGCUACUGGGAGGCCAACGACCCUCAAGGGAAGCGUAGCGUGACCUUUGAGCCCGCCGGGUCGUACGCCGUGGACGGUUUGAAAGCUGACACUGUCUACGUGUUCACGCUGGCCGCCAGAUCUGAGACGGGAUUAGGAGUUUUCACGAGACCCAUCGAGUGCAGGACUGCUCGAUCAACCCCCUCGGUGCCCCCCCAGGACGUCCGCUUGCUCAGCCUGAGCUCCACAAGCAUCCAAGUCAGUUGGGCACCACCGCCCACUUCCACCGACGGCCCCUAUGAUGCCGCCGCCAUCACCGGCUACUCGCUUGCCUACCGUGCAUUGGGCAGGGAGGAUGCACAGCGCCACCUGGUGUCUGGCAUUGGUGCCGACGUGCACAGUUAUGCGCUGGAGGGUCUGGAAAAGUGGACGGAAUAUUCCGUGUGGGUGCGAGCGCUGACCGACAUCGGGCCUGGACCAGAGAGUCCGCCGGCCCGUGCCAGGACGCAGGAAGACGUGCCCGAAGCGCCGCCCAGAAAGGUGGAGGCGGACGCCAUUAAUGCCACGGCGGUUCGGGUGAGCUGGAAGCCGCCCCUGUCCAUCAAGCAGAAUGGCCAUGUGCGAGGUUACCAGAUCAUCUACUCCAGGAUGGAGCGAGGCGAGCCUCACGGACAGCCCCUCAUCGUGGACGUCGCCCAGCCCGACGCGCAGGAAGCCAUCUUGACGGGCCUGCUGCCGGAGACCAGCUACUCGCUGACGGUGGCGGCGUACACCACCAAGGGGGACGGCGCCCACAGCAAAGCCCGGCUGGUCACCACCACGGGGGCAGUUCCCGGCAGGCCCACCAUGAUGAUCAGCACUACAAUCGGCAACACGGCGCUGAUCCAAUGGCAGCCACCCAAGGAAAUGGUGGGUGAGCACACGGGCUACCGGCUGCAGUACAAGCGUGUCGAGGAGGACGCCUUCGCCGUCAGAGACUUCCGCAAGACCGACGACCACUUCACUGUCACGGGCCUCCACAAAGGGGCCACCUACAUCUUCAAACUGUGCGCCAAUAACCGAGCGGGCAACGGCGAAGAGUACGUGAAAGAGAUUAGUACCCCAGAGGACGCCCCCACCAGCUACCCGCUCAAUCUGAGCGUGGUGGGCCUGACCGCCACUGCCACCCGGCUGACCUGGGAGCCGCCCCCACCGGCUGAGCGCAAUGGGAAGAUCGUCAAGUACGUUGUGGUGUAUCGUGACAUCAACAGCCAGAACGAGAGCUCCGACGCCACGGCGGAAACGCACGUGACCCUGAACGGCCUGCAGCCGGACACCACCUACGACAUCCGCGUACGGGCCUUCACCGCAAAAGGCGGUGGACCGCUCAGCCCCAGCAUACAGAGCAGGACCAUGUCCACCACAAUGCCAGUGUUCACCAAGAACUUUGGAGUCAAGGCAGUCACGAGAACGUCCGUGCUCCUGACUUGGGAUGUUCCUGAGAUCUUUGAGUCCGAGGUUCCCCUCAAGAUCCUCUACAACCAGCAGAGCGUGGAGGUGCACGGCCAACUCAAGAGGAAGCUCAUCACGCAGCUCACACCCGACACAGAAUACUCUUUUGUGCUAAUGAGCCGGGGGAACAGCGCCGGCGGCCUCCAGCAACAGGUCUCCAUCCGGACCGCUCCUGACCUGCUCCUGAACAAGCCUUCAGAGUCUCCGCAGGACGUGGAGGAGGGUGGGAAAGUCAUGCUGCGGCUGCCCCAGGUCCCACCAGGAACCGCAUUUAGGUGGUUCUACAUUGUGGUGGUUCCAGUCACCCCAACAUCCCUGAGGUGGGAGAACCCUGAAGAUGUGGACCUCCAAGAACUUCUGGAAAGCGACGAUGAUGCCCAGAGGAAGAGAAGGCACCUCGAGAGCGAAUUCCUGUGGCCUUAUGUAGCGGCCAAGCUGGACUCGCUUCCUGAGAUUUUCACCCUGGGCGACGGCCACGAGUACCACGGCUUCCGCAAUAAGGCAUUAACAGGGCAACAGCAGUAUCGAUGCUUUGUGCUGGCCGAGCUGACAGACCGUGAAUAUCAGAGGACACUGGUGGCCAGUCCAUUCUCGGAAGCCAUUCUGGUGAAGUUCCACAGUGGGAUGGCGCGCCACUCCGAGGAUCCCGAGAUGCUUUGGGUGAUGGGACCCGUGCUGGCUGUCAUCCUCAUCGUCAUCAUCGUCAUCGCCAUUCUUCUCUUCAAGAGCAAACAAGAAAGGAAGCGAACGUCUCCAUCGUCCAAAGACGAGCACAUGGCCGGUGUGAAGGACUCACUGCUGGCCCACUCGUCCGACCCUGUAGAGAUGAGGAGGCUCAACUGUCAGACGCAAGGUGGCAGCACUCUCAGUUGUCCAACCACACCAAGAAUGAGACAACAUCCUCCCAUUGCCUCCUGCGACCUGGCCGACCACAUCGAUAGACUUAAGGCCAACGAUGGCCUGUGUUUUUCGCAGGAGUACGAGUCCAUCGAACCCGGUCAGCGGUUCACAUGGGAACAUUCCAACAUGGAGAUCAACAAGCCAAAGAAUCGCUACGCCAACGUCAUCGCCUACGACCACACCAGAGUCCUGCUCGCGCCUGUGGACGGAGUUCCCGGCAGCGACUACAUCAACGCAAACUACGUGGACGGCUACAGGAAGCAGAAUGCCUACAUCGCCACACAGGGUCCGCUGCCUGACACCCUCGGAGACUUCUGGAGGCUGGUGUGGGAGCAGCGCACCUCCACCGUCGUCAUGAUGACUCGCCUGGAGGAGAAAUCGCGGGUGAAGUGCGACCAGUACUGGCCCAGUCGUGGGACCGAAACCUACGGCAUGAUCCAGGUGACCAUGUUGGACUCUGUGGACUUGGCCACCUACAGCGUACGCACCUUCGCACUCUACAAGAACGGUUCCAGCGAGAGGAGGGAGGUGCGCCAGUUCCAGUUCAUGGCCUGGCCCGACCACGGUGUGCCCGAGUACCCCACCCCCACACUGGCCUUCCUGCGCAGGGUCAAAGCCUGUAACCCCCCUGAUGCCGGACCCAUGGUGGUCCACUGCAGCGCGGGGGUCGGCCGCACAGGCUGCUUCAUGGUGAUCGACGCCAUGCUGGAGCGCAUGAAACACGAGCAUUCGGUGGACGUGUACGGACACGUCACCUGCAUGAGGGCCCAAAGGAACUACAUGGUCCAGACAGAGGACCAGUACGUCUUCAUCUACGAGGCCCUGUUGGAGGCCGCCCUGUGCGGAAACACAGAGGUGGCCGCCCGAAACCUCUAUGCGCACGUGCACAAGCUCAGCCAAGUGCCCCCCGGGGAAACCGUCACUGCCAUGGAGCUGGAGUUUAAGAAGUUGGCCAACUCCAAAGCACAUACCUCACGUUUCAUCAGUGCCAACCUGCCGUGCAACAAGUUCAAGAACCGCCUGGUGAACAUCAUGCCUUUCGAGUCCAGCCGCAUCGUCCUGCAGCCAAUCAGAGGCGUGGAGGGCUCAGACUACAUCAACGCCAGCUUCAUCGACGGAUACAGGCUGCAGAGAGCUUACAUUGCCACCCAGGGCCCCUUGGCUGAGACCGCAGAGGACUUCUGGAGGAUGCUGUGGGAGCACAACUCUACCAUCGUCGUCAUGCUUACCAAACUGCGCGAGAUGGGACGGGAAAAGUGCCAUCAGUACUGGCCCGCUGAGCGUUCAGCCCGCUACCAGUACUUUGUUGUGGACCCCAUGGCCGAGUACAACAUGCCGCAGUACAUCCUAAGGGAGUUCAAAGUGACUGACGCCAGGGAUGGACAGUCCAGGACCAUUAGGCAGUUUCAGUUCAAUGAUUGGCCCGAGCAGGGAGUUCCCAAAAAUGGAGAAGGCUUUAUCGACUUCAUCGGACAAGUCCACAAAACUAAGGAGCAGUUUGGCCAAGACGGACCCAUCACUGUGCACUGCAGCGCUGGCGUGGGGCGGAGUGGCGUCUUCAUCACGCUGAGCAUCGUCUUGGAGAGGAUGAGGUACGAGGGCGCCGUCGACGUCUUCCAAACGGUCAAGACGCUCAGGACUCAACGACCCGCCAUGGUGCAGACCGAGGACCAGUACCAGCUGUGCUACCGAGCUGCCCUGGAGUACCUAGGAAGCUUUGACCACUAUGCAACAUAACAGCACCCUCACGAGCACCCUUCUGCGAGCCAUGCCGACUUCGCUCAGACCAUGAGGAGGUGACCGCCAGUCGGAGUGGUGGGCUGACUCUCGACGAAACCUCCCCCAAACACCCGUUGUCCCUUCGUCAGUCAUUUUCUAUCACGUCUUAAUCUUUUCACUUUCUAUAAGCACUGCUGAGGACAUGUCUUUUUCAACAUGCUCCCACAUAUUAUGAUCAUGAUUAUUGUUGUUACUAUUAUUAAUACUCACCUGCUGCUAUUUUUUUUAUACCAUAGACAUGAUCAUACUCUAAUGUUACUUUUAUUCUUUUUUGGGGGGAGGGCGGGGUCUUAACUUCAUGACGAUGGAGAACUCAGUCACAAACUUUAUGGCUGGGAAAUGCUCAACAGGAUGUUGAGCCAUGGCAAGAGUGGUUGCACUUCUUGAAAUUUGUACGUGAGCCUUGGCCUAGUCAACAAGGAGUCUGCCCUAUGAUUUCAUGAUUUUAGAAACAUAUAAUAAUUAAACAGAGAAUAUAAAAUAUUGUGCCACUCCAAAGAAGAGAAAAUAUAGAUUGUCAGACUUUGGGGGGGGGGUUGGGUUGGGAGUCAAUAACAGCGCUUUAGUCCGUGGAUGAUGCAAGAUGCAUUCAGUUGAAUAAAUCUAUAUAUUUUAUGUUGUCUUGCAUAUGUGAUCUCCUCUCUAUUUUUAAAUAAAAAAAGAUGCAAAGAAAGGCCUUAAAACCUUGAUGUUCAAACUCUAA